AGUAAACAGACUUGUUUUGAUCUGUCAGAAAUCAGACGGCUGAGGUUGACAUUUCACAGUGGAUUUAUUUUCAUAUUGAGCAAAUAGGCAUUCUGAAUAGGUUUUUUUUUUCGACGAGUACGAAUAUAUUUUGUUUGUGCAUCGCCUUGUUUCAGCUCUUUCAUUUUCUAAAUGCUGUUUUUAUCCUGUGUUUCUGUUUCGACAGCUAGUAGGUUAGCCACCUGAUAGCUGGCUAGCUGUCGGUCUCGGCUUUAAAGUAAUUUAACGUCAGUGGACGGCUUUGCAGCUUUUUGACAGCCUGCAGUAGGUCAGUGUGGGCGUACCUAUAACACGUUUUUUCUGACUAACCCCUGUCUGAGUGCUGACGUUGUGGCAUUAUUUAUGCAUACCAUGAUGUAUAGCUGUAACUUUACACUGACUACGCAGUGACAUUUCAAGCAGCCGUAACCUCCCUUCUUCAGCCGAGAGCUGCCAAGCCCUCUCCUUCUCCUGUGCAGCCUAUUCCUGGACGAGGCUUUCAUUUAUCACUUAUAUGUCAAGAAAUACGCUGAAGUAUGUUACCACUGGACUUAAAUAAGUGAUGAAGCCUAAACAUCAGUACUCUGCCAUGGCUGAGGAUGGAGAGCAGAGUCCAGGCCGCCCGGGCCGACAGGUCUACAGAAGUCCAGCCCAUUUCCGCAGCCUGCUGGACGGCCUGCUGGCUCUCAGACAGGGUGGCAUCCUGUUUGAUGUGGUGCUGCUGGUAGAGGGGCGACCCAUCCAAGCCCACCGUAUACUCCUGGCAGCCUCUUGCGACUAUUUUAGGGGAAUGUUUGCUGGAGGCCUCCGCGAGUCACAGCAGAAGGAAAUCCCAAUCCAUGGAGUAUCUUACAUCGCCAUGAAGAAAAUACUGGACUACAUCUACACUUCACAGAUUGAGUUAGACCUGGAGUGUGUGCAGGAGGUCCUGAUAGCCGCCACACUUGUACAGCUUGAGAUCGUCAUUGGCUUCUGCUGUGAUUUCCUCUUCUCCUGGCUGGACGAGAGCAACAUUUUAGAGGUUCAUCAUCUAGCCGAUGUCUACGGACUGCAGCAGCUGAAUGCCAGGGUCCACUCCUACAUGCUUAGGAACAUCCAGACUUUGUCUCGAACCGACAUGUACAGGAAACUCCCCCACGAUCAGGUCUUCAGGGCGCUGAGCAGCGACGAGCUUCAGGUGACCAGUGAGAACGAGGUGUAUGAGGCGGCGCUUCACUACCACUACACUCCUGAGCAGGUGGAAACUGACCAGGUGUACUUGCAGGUCAGUUGCAAGGACAAUCUGAAGAUGCUCGAUGCUGUCCGUUUCUGCCUCAUUGAGAAACAAGUGUUGCAGAGGCUCUACGGCAGACUGAACCAGUGCCCCCUGAAGGAUUCUGUGUCUGCGGCAUUGCGGUACCACGAGCAGGAGAUUUGGCAGCCCGUUAUGCAAAGUCCUCUCACUCAGCCUCGCUCCACUUUCAACUGUAUCCUGGGCUUUGGGGGGAUGUUCACCUCCAACUCCCUCACAGACAGUGAACACUUGUUUCAGGUGUUCCACCCGAGCUGGAGGGAGUGGAGGACGCUCACUGCAGCUCACGCCCCACGAAUGUCCAACCAGGGCAUCGCUGUGCUCAACAACUUUGUCUAUCUCAUCGGAGGAGACAAGAACACCAGCGGCUUUCGUGCAGAGACUCGCUGCUGGAGAUACGACCCUCGUCACAACAGCUGGUGCUCCAUCCAGCCGCUGCAGCAGCAGCGUGCUGAUCACUGUGUGUGUGUGUUGGGCGGACAUAUUUAUGCGAUUGGAGGACGAGACUACAGCAACGAGCUGGACACAGUGGAGCAAUAUGACCCACGCACCAACAAGUGGGAGUUUGUGUCUCCUCUAAAGAGAGAGGUGUAUGCCCACGCUGGAAUCGUGCUGGACGGGAAGAUGUACAUCACUUGUGGGCGCAGAGGGGGGGCAUACCUCAGGGAGACGUACUGUUUCGACCCCGUGGCCAUUCACUGGACAGCAUGUGCAGAGGGGCCGGUGGAACGGGCAUGGCAUGGCAUGGCUGCAGUCAAUGGACGCAUUUAUGUGAUCGGUGGAAGCAAUGAUAAGUGUCAAUAUCGGCGAGAUGUCCUCAAGGUGGCCUGUUUUGACCCAGAAGUGAACUCCUGGUCUUUAAUGACCCCCCUUCCUGCUGGACAUGGAGAACCAGGUGUAGCCGUGCUGGAGAAUAAAAUCUACGUCCUCGGAGGACGCUCUCAUGACAAAGGCAACAGGAUGAAAUACGUCCACGUGUACAACAGCGACACAGACGAGUGGGAAUUUGACGCUGACUUUAAGGAGCGAGUCUCUGGCCUGGCAGCCUGCGUGGUGCUCAUGCCCCCGGCUCUGAUCGCACAGGCCAGGAGCUGGGAGCAGCGCACCAAGGCAUCAUGGGAAGAAGUGGACAUGGACAACUCAGAGGACUCGAAUGAGGACUGAAUUGAUACGAUGCAGUAUGAUAUGAUACACUCUCUGAACUAAAUGUCUAAAGACUUUUAUGCACUUCUGCACUGCUUGUUGAAUUCAGAGACCUUUGGUAACUUUAGUGGCAGCAUCGUGUCGAUCAGCUCAUUGUUUUGAGUGCCUCAGAACAAAGUGUCAAUCAGGACCUUUGCACACUUUGUGUUCACCUCCUGGUGUCUUCCUUUCAUAAUAACACUCCUUUCAUGAGUUCUGCACUGAUCACAUGCUGAUGCUAAUGCUAGCAGCUUAUGCUUCCUUUUUUCCUCUCUACAGUUUGCAUCAUAGAGAAAUGAGAAGACUACUGGCUAUGCAAUAUUGGUAACAAUGGUUUUCUGUUUUUUUCCUCAAAUAAUUUUUUACAUGAUCUUCAAGUACUGAGGUUAUACCUCAGACAUCAACAGGGAGAAGUGAUCUGAUGGAAUGCUCCCCAUAAGUUUAGCUAACAUUUCCAUGUCUGACACAUUAAGACCACUUCUGAUAUUAUUAGUUGUCACCUUUAGCAGUUACCUAUACAGACUGGACGACUCUGGACUUAUCACAUUCAGACUACUGAGUAAUCAUUAAGCUGUUAAGUUUUGACUUUGUGCCUUGUUAAUGUCAUGCAUCCUGAACAAGGUGUAUUUUUGUUUCAGUAUAAUCUGUGGAGAUGAGCCUUAGCUUUUGUGCCUAGUUCUGUUUGGAAAACUUUAAAGAUGCGAUAAGGAAGAGGAUAUGAUAGGAUAUGAUAUGUUAGGAUAUUUUAGGAUAGGAUAUGAUAUUUUAGGAUACGAUAGGAUAUGAUACCCGGUAUCGGUAUGGUAAUAUACAAUAUGAUUUGGUACAGUACCGUACAGUAUAAUAGUUUACGGUACUGUACGAUACGAUAUGAUACAACACACUUUAUUAUCCCCUUGGGGAAAUUAGUCUUGGACUCAAAGUGCUGCACACAUUCAGUUCAUUCCUCCAAUGGACUGAUUUGUGUUUGAUGAGGUACUGGGGCUGCAGGUUGUAGACCUCAGUUCACAUUAUGCCGUCAUGUCUGUAAUUGAUUUAUCAACGUCAUUUCUUGACAUUUGUGUGACUCAAACCAAACCAAAAAUUGUUAUCGCAUUUUCUGUUUAAGUUAUUCUAUGACUCAAUCCAAAGAACACACUGAAGAGGAGACUUUUUUAUUGAACAGGGGGAGGCUUUGCUCCGUACUUCUGCAUGUUGGCUCAGUUUAUUGUUUAUUCAAUCUGAGCAGUUAAGAGGUUUAAUGAUAAACUCUGUACCAUGUAUCCUUUAUUUACUGUCAUAGAAAAUCACCAUGGGGGGGGGGGGGGGGGUCCCUUUAACAGGUAAUUUUGAGUUAUCAUAUAAUAGCAGCUGUACGUUGUUAAAAAGAAAUGCAAAUGUAGUAUCCUGUUCAAUCUUUUGAGAAUUUUAAUAAAAAUAGUAAUAUAUAUA